AAAUACAUAUGUAAGACAAAAUUUGUUAAGAAAUAUCAGAAAUUUUAGUCUUCUUUUUUCAAUUGAAGUAAUUAUACUGACAAUUUUUUUUGCAAAAACUGCAAGUGAAUAAUGCGACACAACAUUUGCAUAAUUUUAAUUACAAUAAGUCCAUGAUUUGUUAAGCGCCAUUCAUAAUUCAAUUCGUUUCAAUAAUUUUGCACCACCAAACUUUCACCGUCACAAUAUGUAAAUACUGAAUUGAUACGCUUUUUAGAAGACAAGGUUAUCAUGACCUUAACACAAAUAAUAAGCCAUAUGGUCCAUUUUUAAUGCAUUAUUUAAUAGUCCUGCGACAGACGCACAAAAACAUGUCCAUUCUCAGCUAUUUAUCUUGUAACCAAAUACAUGAAAAUCUUGCUAAUGCAUCCCUUAUCAGAACUACAUGGAAGAUGAUAACUCUAAAAACGACUUUCCCUCAUGAGCAACGUAAUAAUUAUGACGAACGACUGGAAAAUUUCGACCAAAAGUUAGUCGUAGUUUGCUAAUUGAUAGAAAUUCUACGCUUUUAAUAACACCAAUCCAUCCUUCGAUCGCUUUCGAUCGCCAUGCUGGUUAAUUUCUUAACCUAAUCAUCCACCACUAAUCGGCAUGACCUACUGUAAUAGUUGCAAGGAAACGGAAGAUGGGAGUGGUGGUGGUGGGUGUGGAGAGGAAAAUUGUUGUUGGGCGAGAGGACGUGCAGUCAAAAAGUUCAAGAGGCGUGUGCUGACUAAAUACAUUUUUGAGGUCAUUUUCGACGUCGUCGUCAGUGUGCUGUCCGUCGUGACGGAUAUUAUCUCGAUCGGAUUGUCCAUCCAGAAGGGACGUUGGACGAUCGCCGUCGUGACCGCGAUUCCCGUCCUCCUCCCAACAAUCAUCUUCACGAACGUGUACCUCCAAGAUGAAACACAAGGGUACUGCAAACUCCCGAAACCGCAUCACCGGAAACCAGCAGCGGAACGGGUGAGUGAAUGUGACGACAAGGAGAGCACCUUGGCCACGUCGACGACCGCGACGACGGCGCAAACGUCCAGCAGGGAGACGACGAUGGAACAGUUUCAUUCCAAGUUGGACUUCCAUUGCGGCACGUGCCACAUGCUUUGCGUGUCUUGUUCUGGAUGUUGGGGGGGCAUGUUGAGAUCCGUCUGCUACAAGGAUCAAGCGAGUCGAGAUAACGAGUCAAGAACGGUGAAAAGGUCAAUAAAACGCCUCUUGAAGUAUAUAUUUGGCACAUUUGUCCUCCGCUAUAUUUCUCUGGCCUGGUACGCGAAAGCCUUCAUUUUUGGCGUGAGAGCCUACCGACAGCCCAAAAAGUAUAUGAAGAUGGCUUUACCCAAUACGCACUGGGGUUACGAUCUCCUCGUGAAGUUGGACUUUCUCCAAGCUGCGCUGGAAAAUGCUCCUCAGUGCAUCGUCCAACUCUACGUUCUGCUCGUGUACUCGGAUGAAAACCAAAUAUUGGGAAUUAUAACGCUGCUCUUUUCGUUUGUGGACUUUGUCCGAGUUUCUGUCAGUGUGCAGUGGGACAUUCGGAAAGGCCCUGUAAUUGCACCGAGUGGAUGUUACAAAACCAUUUGGUGGAAAUUGAUGAAUAUGUCGUCGUGGGUAUUUUUAUACAUCGGUCGCAGUGCUGCGCUGGCGUUGGUCAUCGCCACCGCGAAAAGCUGGUCCAUAGCGAUUCCUGUCAUUUUCAUGAUCUUCCACUCUAUCCUGUUCACCAAACUGUUUUCGAAGGAACGUUACGGUCUCGCUGCCCAGAAAAUAUUCGUCUCUGUUUUUAUCUCCAUCUUUUUCCUGCCCGAAUUCGACACGCUGGAACUUCCCGUUCUCACCCAGCUCUACUAUGCUGUGAUACAUAUCGAAAACCUGUUUUUCAUCGUGCCCUGGAACGGCAUGAAUUAUGAGUAUUGCUUAGGAAAUUUUAAUCUGGGCUCCGGUUUUCGUCCUGGUUUUGGUUCGAGACCAAAAAAUGAUUUAAAUUCGACCCUGGAAAUUGAGAAUUCUACAUCAGCGAAAGAUAUUGAGACGCACGCUACAGAUGUCUCUGAUCAUUGCUUUAUUGACCCCACAAUAAUUGUGAUCGCCGUCCCCGUCUUGACAAUGAUCGGGAUCGUCACGAGACUUGCUGCCUCCAGGAAAAUGUCCGAAUUUAAAAAGACGAUUCCUCCACGCGACGACAAAAUGCAGAUGGAGGAGAGAAUUGCAAAUCUUUACAGCAAAAAGUGGAGCACCAUGACUUUCAACGUUUUAUUGAAAUCCUUUCUGAAAAUGCUGCGAAACGAAGUGAUCCAACCUGAUGAGACGCCGACGACGCCGUGUGACGACAAUAAUGCCACCACGGAAAAACCAGUCUUCAUCAUUUCGCCAUCUUUCAAUGAGCAGUUUACAGCUUCGCACUCCUUCCUGAGAGCAAUGUCGUUUUUACCCGGGUUGUCGAAAGAGGGAGGCCCUCCCCCGCCGGAGGGGAGUGUGAAGACAAAGAGAAGCAUGAGCGUGGACGCUUGUGGGAUUUCUCAAAAUCAUGGCAGGACGAAUUUGUACACGGAAAAUUGGGUGGAUCUUGGCAGAAAUUAUGCUCUUCCUGGUGGUGGUGGUGACCACUUGCUGGGAGUGAAUCAUGGCGACAUUCGGAAAAGGUCAAAGUCACAGGAUGACAUUAAUUUGGACAAAAAUUUAAAUCAUCCUGAUGGACGAUUUACUAACAACGAUUCGUCAGAUAUGACUUGGAUGUAAAAAUUUAAAAUUAUUAAAAUUCAUGCAUAAAUAUUUAUCG